AUGUCUGGGAGAGGCAAGGGUGGUAAGGGUCUAGGGAAAGGAGGUGCCAAGCGGCACAGAAAGGUUCUCCGUGAUAAUAUCCAGGGUAUUACUAAGCCUGCUAUUCGUCGCCUGGCUCGGCGUGGUGGUGUUAAGCGCAUCUCUGGCCUGAUCUACGAGGAGACCCGCGGGGUGCUUAAAGUUUUCCUGGAAAAUGUCAUCCGGGACGCUGUUACUUACACAGAGCACGCCAAACGGAAGACUGUCACCGCCAUGGACGUGGUCUAUGCUCUGAAGCGGCAGGGUCGUACUCUAUAUGGCUUUGGUGGCUGAGAUUUGAGA